GAAUGAUAGACCGCUAUCAUAGAAGACAGAGCAGUAAAAAGAAGAAGCAAGAGAGAAAGAUCAGUUAGAUCUGCCGAUCUGACCCAAAUCCAAGCAAGGUGCUUAUAUAACAGGUUAUGGGGUAACUUAACUAUGGGCCUUUGUCAAAUCAAAGUGCUAGAGUCCUAUCUCUAGACUGCUCAUGGCUAUCACAAUACUGGACAUCGAUGAUUUCCGACGAUCGAUAUCAUACCCAGGCAGACAGUGGUAAAUCCCCACAAAUUCCCAAAGAAUGAAGACUUUCCCCGCCAUGUUCAGGGGAUAUUCAUAUUCUUACUGAGGCUCACCCGACAAAAUCCUGUGACAUCUAACUCUGCUGGACAGGAUGAAAUAAUGCAACGACAUCUGGCACAGGAUACAUGUUUCACCUUUUGUCUAUCCUAGAACUAGGAUUUUUAUUAUCAUGGGGGUGCAUGGCCUUCAGGAUAUGAUGGAAUAUCUGGUGGGCGUUGAUAGAACUGCGCCUCCCAGGACAACGUCUGAUCCAUCCCAUCAAAGUAACACGGGAGCUGGGCUAUGAUAUUGCGGCAGGGCAAACAGUAAAAUUCCCGAAUGAACUUUAACAGUUCUCAAGGCUUGAUACAAACCUCUGGCCAGGCCACCAGCCACAACCUGUGGCGUUCCAACCUUGCUGGAAGACUUGGGUCGCUGGUGAUAGGCGCUGGUGACAUCAUCCCUAGUCCCUGUCUAGGCUUGUCCGUCCUGUAGCAGGAUUCACAAUUCUUCGCCAAUGAUGCCGUGCCAAGCUGUGUUGUCGCCGUGACGGACGCAGGCAGGGCCAAAUAUAAAACCUGCAGCGCCAAUUCUAAAAAUUCCUGAGUUGUGCUACUACUACACCUGCCAAGACACGCGGUGACGGCGCGGAUGUGGCUGAAGCAGCGAAACCCCUCCCCUCUAUAUUAUUAUUAUUAAAUAAAUCCUCUCCCCGCCGCCGAACAAACGACAACCCAUCCAACGCUUUUUCCAGGAGAUAUCCAGCAACCAGGGGAGAAAUACCAGGCUUUCUUUCAUUGUUGCAAUUUGAAAGCGAACCCCUCCUUGUUUCCUUGUGCCGCCUGGUUUCACAUACGCCGCGUAUACUACUACUCCGUUCUUGCCUUGGCCUCACAUUUCUUUUGGUCACCCUCCCCCUCCACCUACCGUGCCACAUUUCCAACCCCCUGGCAUCAUCCCUGCUGACAUUUAUAUACUUAGUCUCCUAUCUUCAGUCAAUUCAGUCUCUGCAGCGCGUCGCUUGCAUACCUUUUGAGAAAAUGCCUCGGGGUCCUUACGAUCCUCGUUUGUUCUUCAGCAUUGACAAUAUCCAGGCGUUCCACAUUCAAGAUGGAAAUGAGUCGGAGCUCACCCCGUCAGGUCCCCAGACCCUCUCGCUCCUGAUGGUCCCGACUUCCUACCCGCCUACGGAUCCUGAGCUAGCCUCUCAGCCACCGGAAGAGGACUUUUACCUCCACCUUCACCUCCCACCAGAGUUGGAUCUGCCGCUGCCCGCAACGACCCAGAUAUACCACCAGCCGCCAAACAGUUACCUCAUCCCCCGUUGGGACCUAGGCCCAAAUGCAGGAGCAUUCACGCGGAUCCAAUUCCCGCAAAUUGGUAGUGGCCCAGGCCAGGUGUCCCAGGAAGACGUGGAUACCUUCGAAACCAUCCUCGCCCAAUGUACUGCGUUUCUCGAGCGAUCUCCGCCCCCCAAAUUUGCCCCAUACAACCCUGCCACCUAUGCCCCUGGGGAAGGAUAUGUCGGGACGGGGAACGAAAAGCCGCCUUCAAAGCAGCCUUCGAAGCCGCCUCCGAAGCACCAACCUGGUCAGAUCGUCCUCAUCGACGAGGAGAACGGGAGCGUCGUUGGUGAGUUGACAGAAGGUUUCAAUGUUGUGGAGGAUGCGGAUGUGAAACACGGUUCGAAGAAUCCGGUCGAAAUACAACUCCCCACCGAAGGACAAGGAAACAAUAUAUCGGUCCAUAACGUUUCUGACGAGUAUCUUCAAACCGCGAGGCACCCCGCCUAUGCGAAGUCGACCAUUGUUCAAACAUCUGCCACAGCCUCCCGGCUCCUGGUUGCGGGUUCCGCAUAUAUUGCUAAGUCUCUACAGUCCGGCGCAAACACCUUCACCCAGAAAACAAAGCCAAAUGCGAAGCCCCUGACGUUUACGCCAACGACGCAAGCACGUAUGAGGAGGAUCAAUACAUUCUCAGGAAAUGCGGCCGGGUUAUCAUCUAAAACUGUCAGUAAAGUUACCAGGAUUGCUCAAAACUUCGGCGCCUCGGUUGCAGGCAAGAAAAGUUCGGAUUCAACGCCCAGGGGCUUUGACGAGAACGGCCAACCGAUAUACCACCACUCCAAGCCCGGAAUUUUGAACAAAUCCCUAAUAGCCUUCUCGACGAUCGCAGAUGGUAUUGACCAAAGUGCCAAACAUAUUCUCCAAUCAGGACCGCUCGCAGCGACUACAAUAGUUGGCCACCGCUACGGCCCAGAGGCUGGGAAAUUUACAGCGGAGCUGGCUGGCGGUGUUAAGAAUGUUGGUCUAGUGUACAUCGAUGCAGCGGGAGUAUCGCGGAAAGCAGUUCUUAAAUCUGUCGCAAAGGGAAUGGUUGUGGGACGCAUGAAGGAUGGGCAGCAGAUUGUUGUUGGCGGCGGGGACUCUGGACCAUUCAGUUCCGGCACCCCUGGGCAGGGUCCCCCUCCGUUCACGAGGUCGAGUUCCAGCCCGGGUUUUUCUGGCCUCACUCCUGGCAACCGUUAUCAUCCUCGGGGUCCAUCCCCGUCGCCUACUCCGCCGCCUGCCUAUGGUUCGCAGACUGGGCGAUCCCUGGGUGGGAGUACGCUUCGAAAUGGCAAGUAGCUAAGCUGGAGUAGUUUUUGCAACAGAAAAUGUGUUGGGAGAAUAAGGGGCCAACAAUCUUUUUUCCUCCUUUUCUUUCGUAUUUCGUAUUUCGUAUUUCUUUUUUCUUUUUCUUUUUUUCCUUCGCUCACUAGAUGAUUGAUAACGGACGCGUUUAUGGAUUUAUUUUGGUUUUUACUCGGGUUUAUGACUUUGCGACAUUGGCUGCAGGUAACUACCCCAUAUGGUCUCAUUUUGUGCAAAGGCAAUGUCUGGGAAAUUUUCUAUCGGUAACCUUUCUUAUAAUGUCCCUCGUACAUACACUUUCUUUCAAUGUUCUUCAGUGUUUAUGGCUUCCCUUUCUUUCUCUGACUCGUCAUUUCUCCCGUUUUGCCUCCCUUUCUUCUCCCUCUGUAAGUCGACGUGCCACUUCUCUCGGUGGUUUCCCCUUGACUAGUCUAUGAUUUAUGCCUUGCUGCACUGUCUGCUGGGUUCCUAGACCGCUCCCACGGUUCGUGGGUUAAUUUAUGAAGCAACGAUAAUUUUAUUUCCAUUGAAUUUUGCGUCGACGGGCGGUGGCGAACGUAACUGAAUUAGCAUCAUGAAUAACUGUGACUGGACUUGCCGGUGUCAUUUUCAUGCAUCCUCUCCAUAGGUAUACAAUAGAGCACUUAAUCGUAGAUAUAUAUAUGCACACAUAGCUGUC